AAUUCAUUUUCGGGAUGCGGCUCAAAGUUGGCGUUGGUUUGGUUGUUUUUGCAGCCUUUGGAGAGCAGCGUUUGCGUUGAACAGCCCGGGACGGCGCGGCGCGGCACGGCACGGCUCCCCGUCGGAGCCUCCGGUGCUAAAGGCUAAAGGCUAAAAGCGGCUCACGGGCUGUAAUCCCCGUAUGAGACCAUCAUGGCCGCCGCUCGCUGAGCUGUCAAGCGCUCCACAAAAGAAAAGAAACCCGGGGAUCACAAGAACAACGCCAUGGAUUCGGUGGAUAUUUGUGCAGCGAACUCCGGGGGAGAUAACGGACGACGCGCCAACGAGAGAAACGGAGAUUGGCACAAACGGCUCAACCUCAGGAGAACUGCCGUUCGGCCUCCGGCCGUGCAGAGUGCAGAUAAGAGCGGGCCGGAGAAGAUAGCGGGGGAGUGGCAGCGGGGCGCGGCGUGGCCUUUGUCGAAGAAGCCCCCCGACUCCCUGCGGCUUGCGUGCGCCCUGUGCGGUGACGAGUCGGAGUACGGUCCCAAAGACUUGGCGCGACACUUCGAGGAGAAGCACAAAGGAAGCCCACCGGUGUUUUCCUGUCGCUCGUGCGCUUUCAGCACGCACGAGCUCUCCCGCCUUCAGGUUCACCUGCUGAGCCACAAGGAGACCUUUUCCAGCUGCAGCGUCUGUCACGACGACGUCCAGCGCACGUGGCCGGAGCUCAGCGCGCACCUGACCGCUGUUCACUGCCAAGACGGCAGGUUUCCGUGCCGAAUGUGUCCGAAAUUCUCCACUGGCGACGUUGGAGUGUUUUUAGAGCACACGUAUGCAGAUCACUCGGGCCUGCAGGGGGAUAAGGGUCCGUCGCUGCACGCAGAGGACGACUUUGGUCCUCAAACGGCCGCCGGGACGUUGCGUUGUCAGCUCUGUGGCUAUGAAGCAUCCCGGAAAUGGCUGAUCGCUAAGCACGUCAAAGCUGUCCAUGUCUGCCAAAAUGGGAAUCAGAGGAAGAAAAAGAAGGAGGAGGAGGAUGUGCGUUCCCUAGCGAUGAAACCAAAUGAGCCGGUACCAAAAGGGAAGCCCCGGUUGACGAGGAGUGCGGUGAGGGAGAUGUGCUGGCUGACGCAGGACUGCCUCUCUCUGCCGGGACGAGAGUUCCUGGACAAGUACUGCCCUCUGUCGGAUCCGCAGACGACCCUUCAGGAGACUCAACAGUUCCUGAUGCAAUCGGUCGGCGGGGAAACCGGGAACCGGAAAUGGACACUGAAGACCGCUUUGUCGAACGUCCACCCGAACUCGGAGAAAGUGUGCCGCGUCAAACCCGUCGGACCUAGCCGUGCUGACCGUCAAGAACAAGAUAACCGUGGCUCAGAACGGCGCAACGUACGCUAAAAGGUUGAAAGUGAUGACGUCGUCCGAGAAGGAAACCUCCCGUCGGGCCGUCGACCAAAAUGGCUGUCAGUCAAAUCCGGGCGAAACCAAUCCAACCAAAGGCGUCCCGCGUUCGGACCUGGGCGAGCCACCGCACCGCGUUCCAACGCGGACAAAUGGACAGCGUCGGGAACCAAAGCGUGACCAGGAAACGGAGGGUCAGGGGAAAAAAAACGAGGAGCCAGCGCUCGACGAUGGGAUGGACACGCCCACUGAACUCAAGUCGACCAACGAGUCGGAAGAGCCGCCAUCCGGUCACAAAGUUGCACCAAAAAACAAGAGGCGAAGACGGGCAGGCUCCAAACGGCGCGCUAAAAGACCAUCAGGAGUCGCCUUAAAGAUAGUGUUGCAGAAGAAUCCGGUGAAGGAGAAGCAGUGGGUGUCUUUGUCUCCGUCGGGUGACCGUCCUGGAGCGCCAUGCCCACAGGCGGCGCUGGAGGAGACGGCUCAGAUUCUGAAAAACGCGACGCUAGGUGACGCACGGCAGAAGGAAGGCACCAACGCUCCCUCUGCUGACCUGGACGACCCCUCUGACGCCGGCGCCUCCAGUCCACCGUCCUGGCCGGGGGCAGAGCUCCGCCCCGGUCGGGCCGCAAUGCCGCCGGGGUCCAACAACGAGGACGGCGACGCGCUCAGCGGCUCGCCGCCGUCGCCGCACGGAGAAGCAAAAGUGGACGUGAGUCGCUCGGCCCGGGAGGCCGGCCCGUCGGAUUCGCCGGCUGCAGCGGGGAGCGAGGUGGAGACGGGACCCGAGGACGCGGUGCUCCAGACAUCAGGAGGCGGCACGGAGGGCCAGGGGUCUGCCGAUGAGGGGAACUCAGCAGCUGGAGGAGCGGCGCCUCUCAGCGGCUCCAUCAAGUCCUCCGCUGCCUCCAUAUGUGUCGUCGCAGCACCGGGGAAGGUAAACUCUGAAGGUGUACUCCUUGUUCUCCCUGCAGAGCAGGAGGGGGCUGGAGACACAGGAUUGCCCGCCGAGCCCCGCCCACAUCUCCUUAGAGACGUCCACGGUGGCCCCUCGCCGCCCUGCGGCCGCCAGCCACCACCGCUCGCCAAGCACCUUGAGAGGACCCUGAAGCUGGUGGCCAUAAGUCCGUCUCAGCCGGUGAAGCGCCCGGGGGCGACCAGCCCGCCGUGGUGCUGAACCACCCGGACGCCGACACGCCGGAGUCGCCCGUAUCAUUGAGGUCGUCCACCGGUACAGAGGGGAGGUGCAGAAGGUCGUGCUGUCGCGGAGAACCGCCGACGCUCUCUCGGCCGAGGCAAGCGACCCGGAGGACUCGGCGGGCAGCGCCUCCGUGCAGGAGAGGUUCCUGCUGAGGCUGAAAUUCCGCCGGUUGAGCAGGAAGAAGUACGAAGUGGUCGGGGCGGGCUCCCCCGGGGCUGCGGCGGGCGCAAGCUCGUUCCGCUGCUGGUUUUGCGGCAGGGUCUUUGCGUGCCGGGAAGCCUGGAUGUCCCAUCGGCAGCGACAUCUGACUGACUGGGAAAAAGCCAAACUGUGAAAACUCUUUAAAAUGUUCCGUACACUGGAUGAAAAGCAGAGAUGCUUCUGUAAAAAUGACGUUUGCAAUACAACUAGACAAUAAUGGAAACCGUCUUCUAUUUUUUGUUUAAGUCUUAAAUCUGUUUUGUUUGUGUCGGGGGUUCAUUCUCAGGGUAAACAUUUACCUAUCGGAGUCUCUUUGUACAUUAGUGAUGACCUGUAAAGCCAUGUCCACCAUUUAGUUCCUUUGUGCCGUUUGUCUACGCAGUAGCUUUAUUUAAGGUGAUCUAAGUACAGAACACUGUAAUAUGUGUAUUUGCCAUGCUGAAUCAGUUCAUGUACGGGUAGGUUCUACAGCGCGAUAGCUGUCUCACAAAGUUAUUCAGACGUAUCUGAACUAUGUAUUUCAGAAAAAAGAAAGGAAAAAAAAACAAUAAGCUGUUUUAUUCAACAUUUAUUUAUGACAUUUAUGUUUAGAUUUUAUAUGCUUUUUUAUUUUUAUUUGGGAGAAUUGGAAGAAUCGGUAUAUUUGGAAAACAAAUUUGAAUUGAAUUAUGUUCAAUUAAUAGUGUUAUCUGUAAUAGAUAUAUUUAUUUAGCCAAUUAUCCCCAAAAUCACAAUUUAAUUUAAAUAGAAAAUAAGAAAUGUACGUUUUUUCUUUAUGUCGAUGUAACACUGGCAGAAUUGCUUUAAAUUGGAAUUUAGGAGGUCUGUGGAUCAUGGGCUUUUUUAUUGUUUUGUAAUUUGUUAAUUAUAGUUUUCCAUCAAUUUUUCCUCUUGACUUGAAAUGAUAACGCUAUCUUUUAAUUGCACUAUGAAAGGAGGAUUUCUAUUGCCCGUUACCUCACCUUUAUCAGGCUUAAGCUUCUGACAAUCUCAAACCUGCGUCCUACUGUAGUUUCACGGGUUCACGCCUUCAGUAUUCCGCGGGAGAAUCACGGACCAUCAGACCGCGUGGUGCUCGUGUCCGUGUGUCUCAGUAACUGUGUUUUGUAUAUAUUUUUCAAUUUGGAUAAAAAAUAUGUAAACUUGUGUACAUAGAUACCCAGAUAGAGGUACUGUAAAAUAUGACUACAGAGUUCUCACCAAGUGCCUAGGAAUACAUGUUAUGCAAUAAAAUGUGAGUAUAAGAGCAUUACUUGUUGACCGGACAAUAAAUAAACCAGUCAGUCGGUU